AUGGCAGGCGACCUGAAAAAGAUCGCUGAAUGGGGCAAGGCCUCCCUCUAUGUGGGUGAGAGGUACUGCCGUGUCUCUGGCUGUGAGAACUCGAACUGCUUCUCCUCUACCAACACCCUCCGCAAGCAUUACGGCCGUGAUCACCCAGAAAUCACCCUUGAGACUAAGGCUAAGGGUGGUCGUUCUACUAUCGCGGAAAUCUCCCAGGCACAGCUAUUCUAUAAGGAUAUCAUGGAUACAUAUGAUGCCAUUCAUGCCAGCGAUGAUAACCGUCCCCCCCUCCCUAUCAAGGAAAAUGGCAUGGUCAAUAUGACGCAGAUGAAGAAAAUGGUUCGAGAGCUUGGCUACUCGGUUCCUUGUGAGGAGUGCAGAGUUAGAAAUAAUUCCAAGAUGUGCUGCCAUGAGGACUCGAAGCUUACCUGCGAGCAUUUCGAACUGUUUGCUAAACCGCGUCAGCAGCCUACUCAACAGGAUGACGAGGCAUAAACCGAACUAGUCACGAACUAGUUCUUGAUUUUCCGGGCAAGGUUGAUUUUUUCUGCAUAGGCAAGGUUGCAUAGUGGUUUUGAUUAUUCUUAAUACCUUAGGGAGUUUGACAUAGCGUUCAAAACUGAUAUCUCAGAACUAGUCACGAACUAGUUCUUAUUCGGUCAUUAAUUUAAUUAACUUGCCGG